CCACCCUAUCCGCCUUUUUCUCAACAGCUCCGGGGAAGAAGAGAGAGAUAAGCUCCAUACUCUGUACCUCGUUUAUAAGGAAUACUCAUACUCAUACGAAGUUACAAACUGUUGCAUUGUGUGCCUGUGAUAUAGCCACGCACAACAAUGGUCAUGGGCACGCCGGAGAGGAACCAGAUCAACCCUUCCCUCUCUCGUGUCCAGGAUUCCCCUGUAUUCAAUUUCAUCAACGGUUUGUCGCCUAUAAAGCCCGAGAAGCCUGAUCAGAUUGGUCAAACGUUUAGCUCGCUUAGCUUUCCAUCCCCUCCGCGUGCUUUUGCUUCACCCAAUCUCACCAGUUUCAAGGAAUCAAAAGUGCUCAAGAGGCAUAACCCUUUUGGGAAAUCAAGGCCUGGGGUGUCAUCUGAAGAUGGUAAUAAAUUUCAGACAAGUGACGAGGCUAUUGCAGAUUCAUGUCAUCCAUAUCAUAACUCGAGGGAAUCUCAGGGAAAUUUUCAUGAUGGAAUAUCUGCAGUUGAUGAUUCGAUUGCUCUACCUGGUGAGCACACAGACUUCUCAGCUGAGAUACCACAGGCCUUAAAAUAUAAUAAUUGGGGUAACCCUGGCUAUGAUCCUGGUCAUGUGGAUAACUCUCUUGAUUCAAUUGAAGUCCUUAAUCAGGAGUUGGUUCGAUUUGAUCCGAAGGGGCAAGAAUCAGAGCAUUGUGAUAAUUUAAUCUCUGGAGAUACUGAUUUCUUCGUUUUCAAUUCCCCAAAUGAAGCAGCGGCUUUUAAGGAUAUAAUGCAGAAGCCAGAUUCCCAUCUUAUGUCUCUGAUACCGGAAUCUUCCAUAUAUAAUGGUCUGAGAGAUGAUAGCAAAGCUAAAAUAGAAGAAUAUCAUCCUGAGCCCUUAGCAGUCAUAGACCAAAUGCAGGACAAACAUUACGUUGCCAUAACUAGCAAUACAAAAGACAAAGCAAAUGUUGAGUUUGUUUCUGUGAUGAACGGUAGUAAGCGGAGGCGAUGUCUAGACUUUGAGACGGCCAAUGUGCAAAGGAAGAAUUCAGAUCAUAAUUUAAAAUUUGAUUCUCUUGUACAUUCUAAUGAAAAGCAACUGGUUGCUGCAAAAUGCAAUAGUAGUUCACAGCAAUGCACUAUGCCUGCAGUUGGCUUAGAUUUGAAUGCACUUGCAGCUUUGAAGGGAGGCAAAAAAGUCAUAAGUAAUGACAAUUGGUCUUGUGGAAUUCAUGUUAAUCUUCCUAGUUGCACUUCCCUGCAAAUCUAUAACAGCCAUGAAUAUCAGGAUCCAUUGGCAAUGGAGGUGGAUUUAUCAGACAUUGGGCCUCAGCCAAUUGAGGAUAGUUCCUAUGCAUCAGAUUUCACUGUUGAUGAAGAUGUCAAUCAAAAUAGUCCCCAAAAGAAAAGACAUGGAGACUGCAAGCGUUGUAAUUGCAAAAAGUCAAAGUGUUUGAAACUAUAUUGUGAGUGCUUUGCUGCUCGUACCUACUGCACUGGCAACUGCUCAUGUAAGAAUUGCCACAACAAACUUGAUCAUAGAGAGGAAGUCCUUCAAGCUCGCAAGCAGAUUGAGUCGCGCAACCCUCUCGCUUUUACUCCUAAAGUCAUCUCUGAACCUGAAAUUGGGAAUGACCCAAAUAAAACUCCAGCACCAUCACGACACAAGAGAGGAUGUAACUGCAAGAAAUCACUCUGCCAAAAGAAAUACUGUGAAUGUUUUCAGGCUGGUAUUGGAUGUUCCAUGAACUGUAGAUGUGACGCGUGUAAGAACACGUUUGGUAGAAAGGAUGGUGAGUUGUCCCUUCUUUUGCAAAUUAAAUACCUGUCAGAAUCUAACUAUUUUAUUGAUUUAGGUUGUAAUUUUAUAGGAGUAGAAACUCAACCAGAAGUAGAAAUAGAAGCCUGUGAUAAAGAAGUUGUUGAAAGUUCAUUACAGAAAAUUGAAAUUCAGAACUUCGACGGGGUGUCUAGUUCAUUGAAUUUUCUGUCAGAAGAAAAGAUAUUUGGGACUCUUUGCUCUCAGCCAUUUGAGCAUUCUCAAGCUGUUUCAGACCAGGAAAUGAUAGAUAUUUUUGGAGAGAGAGGUAGAAGUGGAUAGGUCUCCCAUGACUUAGACCAAAACUACUUCUCCAAAUGGGAAGAAAUUUUUAAUUGAUAGUCAAUAGAUAUUAGUUAGGUCUUUUUCUUUUUCAGUGAGGUUAGUAGUUUGUGCCUUUAGGCAUAUAGAGGUCGUGGUUUGGUUUUAAGUAUAUUUUAGCUUUAGUGGGAUCUUUAGAUGAGUAUGGAUAGACUAUAUUAUUUCGAUUGUAAUUAGUUGACUUAGUUUUAUUUUAUUUGAGUUCUUUCAAUUAUUUAGCAUUUAUUUGAGUAAUGGUUAUAAUCUUUAUA